CCUACUCUACUGCUCCUCUGCCAGCUCAUUUCCAUUUGUGUGUUUCCUGGGUGGGCUCCCCCAGCACAGCUGUGCCAUUGUGCUCUUCCUGACCCAGUUCUUCAUGCUUCUCUAUCCUGAGGUUUCACCCUGAGCCCUCACUUCUCACAGUCUGUGGUUAUCUUUCCAGGUGGCUUCCCUGCACGGUGUGGUUUCUCCCCAAAGCCUUGGAGCAGCCACCAGUGGGGAGGCUGAGGCUGGAGAGCAGAGCCAAGGCCUGGCAGCACUUGGGGCAGAGCCCUGAGGGAAGGGCUGUGGGUUGGGAGGGCUGCCCUCCCCUCAGUGUAUCCUCUGGCUUCAAGCAGCCAGCCCUGCACGGAACAGUGAGCCCUCACACACCUGGACCUGCCCACAAGUCAGAAAUGAACCUGGAUACUUUGUUCCAACAAAUUGAGCUCACAGAAAAGAAGGCGGGCGAGAAGAGGCGCCUCAUCCAACAAGGUCAGCCCCAUGGCCGCCAUCUUGCAUGUCCCACAGCGUCGGGCGCUGUAAAUGGCCGCUCCAUAUUCCAGGGCAUCCCAACAAAAGUGGAGUGGCACCACUGUAAAAUCAAGAGGGGAGUUUUGCUGGAAAAGCUUUUCAGGCAGACGUUCCGUGACUUCUUGCCAAUGCCAUUGCUCUGUAAACAGAAUGUUUACAAACUGACCACAAACUUGCUUACAGGUUUUCCUUGUUUUGCAGUUAAAUUUGACAUAAACAAAUAUCAUGAAAAAACUAACCAACUAAAAGAAGAGCUGAACACUGCAAAAAUAAAAUUAGAAACUAAGGUUCAACAGCUGUCUGAAAAAAUGUUCUUCUUAGAAAUUUUGAAGAAACGUGAAGACAGCUUAGAGAAACAGAAGGCUGAACUUAUAAACCAGAAAAGCAUUCUUCUCAAAAACUUAACAGAUGCAAAGAGAAAAAUGGCUGAAGAGGAAGAUAAUUUUACUAGGGAAGUAACAGAGUUUAAUGAUGAGUAUGGACUAACAAGCAAUAGAGAACUUCUGAUUAAAAAAAAAGUCAAGACUGAAAUAAACGAUUUAGAGAAUGAAGCUGCUGUGUUAAAAAAUGAAAUGGAGACAAUGGAACAUGAGAAUGUUCAUUUAAAUGCACUCCAGCUGCAGAAGAAUGAAUUAAAGCAGGAAUUAUUUACUUUCAAAAGUGAACUCAAAGACCUUGAGAAAUUAAUCAAGGAGGCUGAAGGAACGAUGAAAGAUUUAGAAGCAGAAAAAGUCCAAGUGACUGAAAAACCUCAGACCAAUCCAGAAUGUUUAAGACUUAAGAAAGAACUGGAAAAUUACAAAGAUGAUGACUGGGAAAGCAUCUACGAGACUCUUCGAACAGAAGUUGAAAUUCUGCAAAUGAAACUAUCACAGAAAAAGUCUACAGACAAGUGA